AUGCCUGGUCAUGCUGCACACUAUGUCUUUGCAUUAGUUCUUGUGUGCUGUGCAAGUGUUAAUGCCUUCCCCCUAACGGCACGAGACACCAUACCUUUGGAUAUCAAAGGCUAUACGGCCUUGGGUGACUCUUAUGCGGCAGGCAUUAUGGCUGGCGAUGAGCUAGACAGCAAUUGCUGGAGAUAUAGCGACGGCUAUCCAGGCCAACUCAAUCGCAGUAGCAUUUUAGGGAGUGACCACAGCUUUGAUUACCGCGCCUGUUCUGGUGCCCUCAUGGAGGAAGCAAGCAGCAGCAGCUCCGGCAGCUCAAAGGCAAUUCAAAAGCAGAUAGACGGAAUGUCUGCUGCUGACUUUGUUACGGUCUCCAUCGGCGGCAAUGACGCCGGUUUUUUUAAACUUCUCGACGGUUGUAUCUUCAACUUCCAGGGCCCGGCGUCGCAUGAUUGUCAAGAUGAACUGUCUACAUCCCUCAAAUUUAUUGCCAGCGACGAUUUUGCCACCACAUAUAAUGGUGUUAUGGAUGCUAUCAUAGCGAAAAAUACUGCAGAUACAUUUCGAGUCUUCGCAAACGGGUAUAGUCCCUUUUUUGAUGGUUCGCUGUCCGAUGAAUGCAACGAAAAGUCUCUCGGAUACUGGGGCGCUUACCAGCCCAAGCUAACGGUAGAUGUGCGGCGUCAGCUCAAUGAUGUCUGCACAAAGCUGAACGAUCGACUUGGGGAGAUUGUUAAGGGCCGCAGUGACAACAAAGUCAUAUUUGUGAACUGGUCUCAUCGGUUCGAUGAGCACCGCUUCUGCCAGCCUGGCAAGGACAUCGAAGAUGGUGACAACACUUAUUUCUUCGAUAUCGCAUCUCGAACCAAGUCCAUCGGGAGUAUUGAUGUCAAUACCUGCCAGGCCGAGGCCGAUGCCUCGGGGGAUUGGGGAGAGCUGGCUGAUUGCGCAAUUGCUAUUGCCUAUUCAAAAGAUUCGAGCCUCAAACCUGUAAAUGGCUCCAUCAGUACCAACAGCGAUAAUCCCCUUGGUCCCGGCACUGCCAGAGUUUUUCAUCCUAAGCCGCAGGGUUAUUCCGAGAUUGUUGCAGAAAUUGAGAGCGUUUGGCCUUAUACGGCGGCUAAAACAGAAGACAGCCCUACGAUGUCCUGCGGUGCACAGAAUAUCGGGGGCUCCGCAGAAUCGCUGACGGGCUACCUUGAUAGCUUUUGUGCUCAAGAUUUGUCCGUCAGCCACACGCAGUCAUAUAUUGACGGGAACGUCAAGUAUACCCUGGCGUACAAGAAUCCAGGAUCCGGUUACUGCAAUGCAGCGAACUGCAAGUCCACCUUUGAAAGCGGACUGAAAAGAUACGGCAAUGCCUCUAUCUCGUGUGGCACCUUCUCUUGGGAGAUAGGCACCGCUCCGAAUCCAUCGUCACCAACUUGCGGGAAGAAUUAUGACGCCCCACUUGCAGAUGUGGUGAGCAUUAAUGGUAAGCUGGACCAAAGAGGAGAUAGCGAGCUAUGUUGCAGCGACGGGAAAGGUGGGUGUGUUAAUAUUGAAACAAGCGGAGACAUUGCCGUUGAUCUUUGUACAUCUUCGACAAGUAUCCUAUGCGUUGCAUGUGGAAGGCUUGCUAAUUAUGUUGCUGGCUUGGCCGGUGCUUGUCAGGAACGUGGUAUGGUUGGGGGAGCGCAAGAUAUUGUGGAAACCACAGGUCUGAGUGUAGAAAUUUAG